CGUUCUGCCAUUUUGCCAAUUGUCACAAGACCAAUUCCAUUCCGCCCCCUACACUGUAUACCUCACAAAUGGCCGAAUGUUGUAGUUAUGGUGGUUGCCAUUACGAUGCUUUGGCUAGCAGCUAGAUGGGCCCGGGCCGGGAUGGGUGAGAUUUGUGCGAGGACCGGCUUCACCCAACAUACUCGGUCAUAUCAACGAUCAGCGAAUCGCCUCAUUGUCCUGCGGUGUCUGCCUAGUAUCAUUUGCAAACUACCAUAAACAUGUCCCAAAAUCAAAUCCGUACCGCGAACACCCUCGAACACUGCGUACGAAAAUAUGGCCACGCGGCAGACUUCCCAGCCCCCCGACAGAAGUAACCCUAAGUGAACCGUAUGCUCCCUUUUGACAACUUCACAGGAAAUUACAAGGGAAGUUUGCCAUACUAAGCCAGCUAGCGUCAUGCCGAGGUGGUGAUGGAAAUCCGAGUCCGCACUCGCGAUUGGUAUUACAAGUGCAGACUACUCAAGUUUUCGGAGGCUUUGGUUUUUCGAAUCUGGAAGAAGGAAGCUACGGGCCAGGGUGGUUUAUUGUCAGGAGUAGAUCCCACAGCGUUCACCACCUCCGAUCCAUUGAGGCUAUGGAUAAUUCAGAUGGGUAUGAUUGUUAUGAUGGGGCAAUUGCUGUCACUGGGUUUAGGCAAGAUCAGACAACCGAAAGUCGUUGCUGAAGUACUUGCUGGAAUUUUUCUCGGCCCUACUGCAAUGGGACGAAUCCCCGGUUUCACCGAGCACAUCUUCCCCACUCGAUCCCUCCCAUAUCUCUCCCUAGUUGCCAACAUUGGCAUCUGCCUCUUUCUCUUCAUAGUCGGUCUUAAAAUUGACGUAAAUGUCAUCACGCAUAAUGCUCGUUCAUCUCUGUUCAUUGCACUCUCCACUAUGAUCUUGUCCUUUGGUCUCGGUGCUGCCAUCUCUGUGCCACUCUACCAUAAUUUCAUUGGUUCCCCUGUCGAGUUUACGUACUUCAUGCUUUUCACUGGCGUGUCAUUUUCUAUCACAUCUUUCCCCGUUCUUUGUCGUAUCCUCACCGCACUGAAGCUCCUAGACACGACGGUCGGCGUCGUUGUCCUGUCAGCUGGCGUGUGCAACGACGUAGUCUGUUGGAGUCUGUUGGCACUGUCCGUGGCUCUCACCAAUGGGACCUAUGGGCUUACAGCUCUAUGGAUCCUGCUGACAUGCGUGGCAUUCACAGUAUUUCUCAUGUGGCCGGUUAGAAUUGCGCUGCUGUGGUUCGCUAGGUUCACGGGAAGUUUGGAGGACGGCCCCACGAUAUUCUUCAUGAUUGUUACCGUAAUCGUGCUUUGGGCAUGUGCGUUUUUCACGGAUGUUGUGGGGAUCAGUGCAGUUUUUGGUGCGUUCCUGGCGGGUGUCAUUGUUCCCCGCGAAGGAGCCCUUGCCACCUCGCUGACGAAGAAGCUUGAAGAUAUGGUGAUAAUCGUGUUUUUGCCUCUGUACUUCACGCUCUCCGGAUUGAGUACCGAUCUUGGAUUGCUUAACAAUGGUAUCACUUGGAGAUUCACCAUCGCAAUCAUAUGUCUAGACUUUGUUGGAAAAUUCAGUGCCUGUACGAUCACCACUCGGGUUUCUGGAAUGAGUUGGCGAGAGUCGAGCACCGUUGGAUCGUUGAUGUGUUGCAAAGGUCCUGUGGAAUUGAUCAUUCUCAACAUUGGACUUUCUACCGGCAUUCUCACCCAAAGGGUGUUCUCUAUGUUUGUCCUCGAAGCUCUAGUCCUGACUUUCAUAACCACACCCUUGGUCUCCAUCCUUUAUCCUCCUGAACGCCGGGUUCGUGCGCUAGCUAGAGAUGUUUCACACAGGGACGAAGAUAUAGGCGACCGCCAGUCUCCUAUGACUGAACCAUGGCGCUCCCGCUUCACUGUUGUCCUUGAUAAAUUCGACCACAUGUCGGGAAUGCUGGUAGCCACCCAACUGGUACUGCCGUCGCCCUUGAUCCCAACUUCUCAAGGACCUGAUAUAUGCGUGAACGCUCUUCGUUUGAUCGAGAUGUCGGACAGUAGUUUGGACAUCAUGAAGUCUUCAGCAGUGGACACCCUCAUCCACAGUGACCUAGUUCUGGGCAUCUUCCGCACCUUUGGAGAGCUCAAUGAUAUACACGUUUCGCUUUCGCUUGCUGUUGUCCCGUAUGAGGACGUAUCAAAAACUAUCUCCGAUCAUGCGACACGACACGGAUCUGAGCUCAUCCUCUUACAAUGGCUCCCGCCGUCGUUCAUUUCCAGAGAUACGACUGAAGACUCGUGUAGCCCACACAGCACGAGGAUCGAACCAAAUUUAUUCGAAACAUUCUCCAGCGGCCCAACAGAUACGGGCAAUCUGACAGCCACGAUUCACUCGCAGUUCGUGCGCAGAACAUUAACUGAGAGCAAUACAGAUGUUGCCCUGUUCAUCGAUCCGGGCACUUCUCUCUCUGGUACCGGUCCUGAGAGUGCGCGCCACAUAUUUUUCCCCUUCUUUGGUGGUCCGGAUGAUCGACUAGCGCUUGAGUUUGUGAUGCAGCUUUGUAUUAAUCCACGAAUUAGUGCAACAGUAGUACGAAUGUCGAAAAGCGGCACUGAGCGUGUUGCAGUUCAAUGGCCGCCGAUCGUACGCCCAGAGGAAGAAGACAGCGAUGAAACGCGGGAAACAGGAUACCACGGGAUGCCUAUUCAAUCAACUGUCGUUAUGCCAAACAUAUCGUACGGACAAACACGCUUCGAAUCUGAGGCAGCCGAUACCAUCCUCUGGGAGCAAUACGUUGACUCGCAUUUCUCGUAUGACAUACAUCCCUCAAUCCGCGUUGCCCUGUCCCGUAUCACAUUCUCUGAGCAUUCGUCGUCGAUGCCGCUGUAUUCCGCCAUCCAGCAGGCAUCUACGCGUAAACCUGUGUUGGUUGUUGUUGGGCGCUCACACCGUCUUCGAUCGGACGAUCUCACGCAAGAGCUGGAAAACAUACUGAAGGAGCGGGGUAGUGUGGGGCAGGAUGAUAGUAGGAACACUAUAGGGAAUGCUGCAACUGCCUUUGUUGCUUCUGGUUGUGCGACUGCAGUGGUUGUGCUGCAGGCUGCCAAUGUUAGCACUGACUGAAAUAGCGGGGACAUCUAACUGUUGCGUAGGUUUGAGACAUUUUGUACUAUAUAUCAAUACUUGUAUAUAUAUCGCAGUAACGCCACCUAGAUGUGUGUGUAAUGUUG